AUGUCUAUUGAGGUCGAUAUCAACACUCACGUGAUAUUGUCACAUGACACAAAUUACUCAAAGCACAGUCAUUUCCUAGCUGAGACGAAGCUUUAUUUUCAAAAGAACAACAAAACUAGAGAUUUUCAAGCUCACGAGUCAAAGGCGCAUUCUGUGGGAUGGAGUUGUGACGGUCGUAAAUUAGCGUCUGGAUCUACAGAUAAGACUGUCAGCGUUUUUUCUCUUGACAAACAUAAUUUGUCUCGGAUAUUUAACUACAAAGGUCACACUGAUCAUGUCGAUCAGCUUUCAUGGCAUCCCAGUCAUCCUGAUUGCUUAGUUUUGGCGUCUGAAGACAAGACAGUUCGAGUGUGGGACUCGAGAACCCCAAAGUGUGCACAGUGUAUCAUCACAAAAGGUGAUAACAUCAACAUCUGUUGGAGUCCAGACAGCAAUACUAUUGCAGUGGGAAAUAAGGAAGACUUGAUUACCUGGAUUGAUAGAGUGAUACGAGAACAUACAAGAUGUGAGCCGAGAUGCAAUUUAGCUAUGAGGUGGAUGUUGUGA